AUGAAAUCGUUUUCUAUAUUUUUUGCAACAUCCCUUUUCGGGCACGCUGCCCUUGCUACAAAGCUUUAUGCGGCAUCAUACGCUGGUUUUGUUACCUCAUUGAACUUUACCCAAUCCAAUGAGCUGUCUACCCUCUUCCAGACAACUGACUGCGGUAGCAGCCCGUCUUGGUUGAUGCUGGAUAGUCCCAAUAGUGUUUUGUACUGCCUCGACGAAGCAAUCGAUGCUCCCAAUGGCACUAUAAGCACCCUGAGAACUCAUCCAGAUGGGACACUCACCAAGCUUGCGCAACUGAAAACCCCCGCCGGCCCUGUCAUGUCUGCCAUGUACUCUGCACCUGGGGUCCAGGAGCGCAAGUUCUUUGUUGCGGCACACUACUCAGGAUCUUCCGUCACGACGUAUUCUGUGAACCCUGUCAAGGGACUUUUCCAGCAUGAACAAACCUUCACAUACCAGAUGGCCGCUCCCGGGCCGGUCGCUUCUCGACAAGAUUCCCCCCAUCCCCAUGGAGUAGUUGUCGACCCUACCGGACGGUUUGUCCUUGUACCCGACCUUGGAGCUGAUGUCGUACGCGUCUUUUAUGUCAAUCCAUCGACAGGUCUUCUUGAACCGAUCGAGCCACUAGCCAUGACUCCAGGGUCUGGACCCAGGCACGGCGUGUUUUGGACCCCCCGCGGAUCAAACAGCAGAUCUGAAGAUGUUUACUUUUAUCUGGUGCAAGAGCUGAGCAACGAUUUGAUUGGUUUCCGGGUCGCAUAUUCAGGAAACGGAAUUUCCUUCCGCAAAAUCUACGAGGGAAGUACCUAUGGCAAUGGAUCUUCUCCUGCUGGCUCUAAAGUCGCAGAAAUUGCAAUCUCGCCUGAAAACAAUCAUAUCGUCGUCUCCAACCGUCUUGACAACACAUUCGGCCCAAAGAAAGACUCCUUCGCCGUGUUCCGCUGCGCUGACGCUAGUGGAAAAAAGGCCGAGAAGGUUUCUUUCCUCGGGUUGUACCCAGCCUAUGGCUCCUCCCCUCGCCAGUUCAGCAUCGCAAGUACCCAGACUAUGGUUGCGGUGGCACUUGAAAGCAGCCAAAGUGUUGCCGUGGCUCGGUGGGACAAGCGUUCCGGGGCUCCCGGAACCCUUCUCGGAGAAAUGAAGCUGGAUGGAGACAUUCCGUCUGUUGUCUGGGAUCUCUAA